AUGGCAAAGCCAGGUAAACUGUCUGGUGAUGAAAUUCAGCCGCUGACCUCCGAUCCGGGGGUAAGGAUUGCUUCUGCUUUGGAAUCCUUGUCGGACGCUAUGCGGAAGAUGACAACAAAUCUGACACCCGCCCCUUCCACACCCCCGUUACCCCCUCCAGAAAAGUUUUUUCCAGGCAUGCCAUAUCUCCGAUGGGAGAAACAGGUGCAAAUGUACGUCAAGCACUUUCCAGCCCAACAACGGGGUACGGUGAUCAUGGGCCUGCUAGCAGGAGAGGCAUUCGACAAAGUUACGGAUAGUAAAGUGUUAGAGGGAGAAGUCACCACGGAAACCUUCGCUGCCCUUCGCCGCAUCUUAGAUCGGCCUGGCCUGCCCGAUGAACUGCGCAGAGUUUUCCAUGCCCGGUAUCAGAGACCGGGAGAAAACGUGGAAACAUUCGUUCGCGAAUUGCGGAGGAUGGCGGUAAAUGCCUACACAGAUGAAACGCCGGAACAACAGGACGAGCGAGUGUUAGAGCAGUUGCUCGAGGGCAUCCAGACGCCCUCGGUAAAAAGAGAGUUCCGUUUACGACGACCUACGUGUCUUCAGGCAGCCUUAACAGUGGCAGAUCAAUUAGAGCAAGUCGACGAGUCCAUGGGCCCCAUGGAACCAUGCUGCGUGCUGAAUCGAUACAGCCCCGCUAGAUUCCAACCACCAGACCGAAGAAAUUGGAAUCGCGUCCCGUUUCGAGGGGAUUAUUCGCGACCUCCAGUGCAAUCGUACUUCCGAAGGCCCCGCCCCCUCCACCAAGAAGAGGAAAUUUCCCGCCAAGCCGUGGCAGGCGAAAUCUUCAAGGUGAGUGCGGUCGUGUGA